UGCUUUUAUUUUGAAGGGCGGUUUUUGUACUUCCGGAGGUCACACCUGCCUGCGAGUACUUCUUACGCAAAAUCGCUCUCAUUGCCUCCUCUUGCUUUCAGCAAGCCAUAGACCUCGGUUGACAAGUUUUCCACGGUCUUGCGAAACUCAGUUAAUUAUCACCAUGUCUUCUGGAAACGCUCAGAUUGGCAAGCCUGCCCCAGUAUUCAAAGCCACAGCUGUGGUGGAUGGGCAGUUCAAGGAAAUCAAGCUGUCAGACUACAAGGGGAAGUAUGUGAUCUUCUUCUUCUAUCCCUUGGACUUUACCUUUGUGUGCCCGACUGAGAUCAUUGCCUUCAGCGACAGAGCAGAGGACUUCCGUCGUAUUAACUGUGAGGUCAUCGGCUGCUCCAUUGACUCCCACUUCACCCACCUGGCAUGGAUCAACACACCAAGGAAACAGGGUGGACUGGGUAAUAUGAAGAUCCCCCUUGUUGCAGACCUCACAAAGUCCAUUUCCAGAGACUACGGUGUGUUGAAGGAGGAUGAAGGCAUUGCAUACAGGGGUUUGUUUGUGAUUGAUGAUAAGGGGGUUUUGAGGCAGAUCACCAUCAACGACUUGCCUGUGGGUCGCUCUGUGGAUGAGACCCUGCGCCUGGUACAAGCCUUCCAGCACACUGACAAAUAUGGAGAGGUUUGUCCUGCUGGCUGGAAGCCCGGGAGCGACACAAUCGUCCCCGACGUGGAGAAGAGCAAAGCUUUCUUCUCAAAGCAAUAAAUUCCAAGGCCUUCUGUCCAGCUGAUUAUUUGUGAGCUCAGCACUUGUCUUCGAAUCAGACUUGUCCCUGUGAAGCACUAUUGUAUCCAGAUUUAUCCCAUUAGAACAAAGUUUUGAACUUCUUAAAAAAUCUUCUGCAAGUGUUAUCCUUGUAUGUUCAGGCUGUGGUUGUUGUGAUAACCUCAUAGUCUCACGCACUGAAAGUAUAGUUUUGCUCCGUCUUUUAUAACAGGGUUUCUUUAUUCCUUGCUGCCAUUAGUGAUUUGUUACCAUUUUAUUAAAACGGUGGAUAAACUGA